UAAGGAUGGUUACUGUGAAGUAAAUGGGUAAAUGUGACAAUUGCCCAAUAAACUACAGAGAUUUCAGCUCGAUGUCCUCCCAACUUCCCCAGAAACCAGUGAAGGUUGUUAAAGGUGACUCAACUGGGUUAAGACACCAUGUUCUUCGUUUUAACACUCCUAGAACUGUCAGGUUAGAUUCUAUUCUGGGCGAUAAUGUUUCAAUGACAAGAAUUGUUACUGAAAACCAAAUCACUCAACCAGAUAUGAAUCUAGAAGGUGAGGGCAGUGAAUUUGGAUGGAAAAGUAAGCAAGCCAGGUUGGCUCACAAGUACAAAGUGAGGGCUGUAACUGAGGAUCAAUGUCCUUGGGAGCUUAAAGAUCGAAAUGAUAAACAUUAUGUUGGACGUAAAGAGGGUGGCAUUACUGCUAACUCAAGCUAUAUUGUUAUGCGGGAAACUCAGCCAGGAGUGUAUGAAGCAUAUCCUGUAGAAGACUGGUUCACUUUCACUCCUAAAAUUGACUAUACAACUUUUGAUGAAGAGGAAGCAGAAGAAGAAUUUCUGAAACGUAACAAAACAUUUAACAACAGUAAUAUGAUGCUUCAGAAACGUCUCAGAGACAAUCUUGGGGCAGAAAAAGAAUACGAAGAAGCUCAAGCCCAGCUCAAGGUUCAUGAUGCUGAUGAUUUGUUUGGUGAUUCAGAUGAUGCAAAUGAUGACUUGGGUGAUGAUCCAGCUAAAAAACGCAAAAAGAGCAUGAAGAAGUUUAGGAAGAACAAGGAAAAAGAUGAAGAGGAUCUUAACAAGGAAAGAGAUGAUGAAGAUCAAUAUGAUGCACAUGCAUCAAAAGAGGUAGACUAUAUAUCUGAGUCUGAUUCUGACGAUUCUGUUGAUUUGACUUCAGAAAAACCAAAUACUGUCAGCAGGAAAGAAGAUUUGGUUGAUAAGGUAGAUGGUAGACUGUAUCGUGAUGCCAAUGAUAGUGACAGUGAGGAAGAGGAAACUUCAGAAAUGAAAAAGUUGUUGUUGCAGCAAGGAGAAGAUGAAAGUGGUAGUGAUGUUGAUGAAAACAGUGAGGAAUUCAAAGCUCUUAUGUUGAAAAACAAAACUAAUAAUAUUGCAGCAGAAUCCAAACGAGAGAGAUCCUCUACCCCUACAAGCAAUGGAAAAGAGCCCCCAAGUAAGAAGCAGAAACUCGAAAAAUCAGAUGGGUCAAUACUGACAGAAGAGAAUGUUUGGCGAUAUUUAGCAAGAAAACCUAUCAGUACCAAGGAACUUAUUUCUAAGUUUAAGAGUAAAAAGUCUGGCCUAAAUAAGCAGGAUAUGGUGGCUAAAUUGAGCAGUAUACUUAAAAAACUUGCCAAACAAUUCAUGAAGGAUGGCAAGAAUUAUUUUGUUUUAAAAGAUGAGUACAAGAACUUGUAUAAGGAAUAGCUUUCAGUUAAAUGUUACAAUUUUAUAAGAUUAUUAAUAUUCAAAGCAAAGCUAUCUGACUUGCAGCCUUUUUGAUAUUCUUUUCAAUGGAAUGCAUACUAUUUUAUGAAUUUGCUUUUUGGCAUACCAUGAAUAUUAUUGACCAAUUUGAAACAAAUUAUUUUGCCCAUAAUAAUAUUAUCGAGGCUAUGAACCAUAGCCCAUCUACUUUACUCUUUGUUGUAGAUUAUUUGAAUUUUUACA